AUGUAUGUGGUUCCUCCUCCAAGUCGAUCCGAUCCGUUAUCGGGAUCCGAAAAAGGGUCGUAUGAGCUCCGAGUUUACCAGACAUGGAAGGGUAGCAAUAAAUUUUUUCUUCAAGGAAGGUUUGUUUUUGGCCCAGAUGUAAGGUCGCUGGCUCUCACCAUAUUCCUGAUCGUGGUGCCGGUUGCUGUUUUUUGUGCCUUUGUUGCUAGAAAGCUAGUGGAUGAUUUUACCGAUCACUGGGGAGUAUCAAUCAUGAUCAUUGCCAUUGUUUUCACACUUUAUGAUUUAAUUCUUCUCUUGUUAACAUCUGGAAGAGAUCCUGGUAUAAUCCCAAGGAAUGCACACCCUCCAGAACCUGAAGGCUAUGACGGGAAUGCGGAAGGCACUCAAACUCCACAAUUACGCUUGCCUCGCAUUAAAGAAGUUGAAGUUAAUGGUGCCACAGUGAAAAUUAAGUACUGUGAUACAUGUAUGCUUUAUCGGCCCCCUCGGUGCUCACAUUGUUCUAUAUGCAAUAACUGUGUUGAAAGGUUUGAUCACCACUGCCCAUGGGUUGGGCAAUGCAUAGGGCUGAGAAAUUACCGAUUCUUUUUUAUGUUUGUCUUCUCGACAACUCUGCUAUGCAUAUACGUUUUCGGUUUCUGCUGGGUCUACAUUAGAAGGAUCAUGGUUACCGAGGAGAUUUCAAUAUGGAGGGCAAUGAUCAGAACUCCUGCUUCCAUUGUUCUGAUUGUCUACACUUUCAUUGCAGUUUGGUUUGUCGGUGGCCUAACAGCUUUCCAUCUUUAUCUGAUCAGCACAAAUCAGACGACCUACGAGAACUUCAGAUAUAGAUACGACCGGCGCGAAGUUUGGAUGGAUGUAAGAAUUUGGUGA